AUCUCUGAUUAAUUUCACAGAAAGCCUGAAAGUGAAAGGGUUCCGGGGAAAUGGGCGGGGCUAUUGCCUCAUUUUAAAAGCGACUGUCAGUUCAUUCUGUCAGUAAAACUCACAGACGCAAGAGCGAAGGGCUAAUGUCGAACGCUCAGGAAAUCUCUGUUGAGACAUAACGGUGGAAUAAAUCAAUGGGAGUUCACAAACACUUGAUUUUGGAAGCGGCGGCAAGAGUUGGUCAAAGACAAAGUUGUACUGACAACUAUUGGAGUUUACAUUUGCUAAGACAAAUGAGCCUCAUCUAGAUGACAUUCAUGUGGUACGGUAUGGAAGACCACAUUGGCUGGUCUUUCCUGUAGGAUGGUGGCGCACAGUUCAGUGGAAGGGAACCCAGGCACAGAAGAUCCCACAGCAAGCACAGAGCCUUCUCUAGAAGUUUCCCAAUCCCAGAGGUGUCGGCCCAGACAGCAGGAAGCUGGCUCUAGGACUGUAUUCCAGACACACUUCAGGCCCUUCAACUUUGAGAGAGACUUCAAGACCAUCAACAAGACCACUUCUAUGCUGGAAGAGAGUGGCUUCUACUGGGGUCCUAUUACUGUGGAGGAAGCACAUCAGAAGCUGAAAAAAGAGCCAGUUGGAACUUUCCUUAUCCGGGACAGUCGUCAAGUUGAUGUGUUUUUUACACUGAGUUACAAAGCCCAAACUGGUCCAGUGAGUGUACGGAUUAACUUCAAGAAUUCCAAAUUCAGUUUGACGGGCAGCAAGGAGUCUUUUGACUCUCUUUUCAAACUUCUGGAAUAUUAUAUUAGUUCCCCUAAGAAGGGUCUAGUCAGGCCCUACAGGAAAGAACCAGUGCAGUCUCUGCAGCAGCUGUGCCGCAGACGGAUUUUCGAGACAUGCAGCGGAAAAGACAUCGACCGCAUCCCUGUGCACCCAAUCCUCAAAGACUUCCUUCAUGCCUUCCCUUAUCCGCUAUGAAGACUAGACUUGUUGCAUUAAAGCGCUGCUGGAAUAUUCUGGAGAUACUUGAGAGACUCCUCAUGGUCCCGAUCUGUUUUAAGAUGCGGGCAUCUGAUUGUAGCACAUUAUGGAAUAUGAGACUUGAACACUUCACAAUGAAAGUUUACAUUGUCUGUGAAUUUUUACACUAUACAGGAAAACUGUUUUCCUUUCAACAUAUUUCUGCUAUGCAGAGAGAAAUAUUUCAACAGAGUAAUUAUUUUUAUAACAAUAAUAAAUAUAUUU